AUUCCAUUGUAUUUUUUGCAUCAUCAUCAUCGCCAUACAAAAACGUGCAAAUUGCGACCCGCGCCGCUCGCCGCCCUCCACCCACCCCCUCCCCCUCCAUGGGAUUUUUCGAUCACCUCCAAAAGGGAGGGGCUUUUUCACUGCAGCCCAAAAAGCCUCAGAUUCGCAAAGUCGUCCAGACUCGCACCGCUCCUCCGCCCACCUCUGCCUCCCGAUCUCCCUCGCAUACGCCAGGCCACCACCGUCCCUCACCGCGCACCCCAUCCACACACCUCAAGUCUCGAGACUCGUCGUCAGCAAGCCGGUCUGUCUCGAGGGACCGCGCCGAUCUUUUAUCCUCGUCCUCAAAGCGCCGGCUGGGCACGCCCUCCACGAGUUAUAAUCGCAAGCGCCAGACCCCGGAAUUGCGCCUCUCCUCCAGCGACGAUGACGCCAGCAGCGACUCGGAUGCCUCCUCCUUCGAAGUUCGGAAGCGUGCUCGGACGGGGGAUAGCGCGGAGCCGGACCCUCAUCGGCGCGUACGCUCACUGAAGGCUUUUGUCGAGGAUAGUAGUGGUGGUGGUGUAAGGCGGCUGCCCAUGAUCCAUGCGGCGGAGAUCAUCUCGUCCCAGAAGGAAGGGAAUUUCAAGCCGGCGUUUGGAUCGUCGAGGCCUUUGCCGGAGAUUCUGUUGCAGUAUCCCAGCAACUCCCCGAAGGAAAGGUAUAAGCUGGUCGUUCCUCGGGAUAACGACGACUUCAAACCCAUCGACGAUAUUGUGCAAGUCAUCGAGAUUGUGGCGCAGAAUUUCAUUCCAGAAGAGGAGGUUGACGACUUCGAUGAUGAGACGAAUGGGAUCAAGCGCCGGCUCCGGCGAGCUUUGGCGCAGUCGUCUGAAGCUCAGUUCCGCGAGACGGUGGCCGACUACAACCACGCCAUCGAGCGCUUGAGGCGCAGCGGAAGCAUUGCCAAGAAACUGGACUCGAUGGGCCGGCUCAACCUGCCGCUGGUGGAACGAAUCCUGAAUCAAAUCUACUCGCGCACUGUCUCGCCACGGGUGGAGUCGCUGCGGCAGUAUGAGAACGGGACGGACAACGUGUACGGCGAGCUGCUGCCUCGGUUCAUCAGCACCAUCUUCAAGGAGACCGGCCUAAAGUCUGGUCAGGUAUUUGUGGAUCUAGGGUCUGGCGUGGGCAAUGUGGUUUUGCAGGCGGCGCUAGAGAUCGGGUGCGAGAGCUGGGGCUGCGAGAUGAUGCAGAACGCGUGCGAGCUCGCAGAGCUGCAGCAGGCGGAGUUUCGCGCCCGCUGCCGGCUCUGGGGCAUUGCACCGGGGAAAACGCAUCUAAUCCGCGGCGAUUUUCUGAAGCAGCAGAGCAUUGUCGAUGUGCUCAAGCGUGCGGACGUCGUCCUGAUAAAUAAUCAGGCGUUCACCCCGCAAUUGAACAAUGAGCUGAUCAACCAUUUUUUGGAUAUGAAGGAGGGCUGCCAGAUUGUGUCACUUAAGUCGUUCGUACCCGCAGGCCACAAGAUUCAGGCACGCAACCUCAAUUCGCCCAUCAAUCUGUUGACGGUCAAACAGCGGAAUUACUGGUCCAAUAGCGUUAGCUGGACAGAUGUGGGAGGCACAUAUUUUAUUGCUCGGAAGGACAGUUCCCGGCUGAAGGCUUUUGUCGAAAGCCAGGGAUAAUGUCUGCCGCAUGAUUGUCACGGCCAAUUCUGGGUACAUCACGAACGACCCGCGACGGAUGCAUUUAUGUUUCUUGCCAUCCCCUUUUCUUGUGUCAAUGGUCUUCUGGACUUUCGUGAUAUAUUUUUUUGCUUUCCCCUUUCACAUACUUAUUUUUGGUUGUUCUUUCUGGGCCUUGGUGUCCCUGUUUUUCUGUUUGGGGAUGAAUACCCUGGGGCUCAAGGCAUGAUACCACUGUUUUGCUUUUCUUUCAAGACCGGCAUUUAUACUACACCAGCGUGGCAUUUGCUAUUCUUCUCCAGAAUCAGUUCUUGUCUCUCUUUAUUCCAGGCUGGGUCCUUAGCUGCUAGAAAGCUGGAUUUUCCGUCU